AAUAAAUGCGAUCUCAAAAAAAUUAUAAAAUGAUUCAAAAUACUAAGUUACUGAAGCUCAAAUUUGUUGUACCUGUAACGAUUAUGUAAUAUAUUUUGUAAAAAAUGUGGAAUAUCUUAUUGGUUUUAACUGUAAUAAUUAAGAUAACUACAUCCAUUGUCAUCGAAUUACCAAAAGGAAAAAUUGAGGGCUUAACCGACACAACCAGAAAUGGAACAACGUAUCACAGUUUCUUAGCUCUGAGAUAUGCCCAACCACCUAUUGGAAAAUUAAGAUUCCAACCUCCAAUUCCUGUAGAACCGUGGAUUGAUGUUUACGAUGGUAGAGCAGAAAAGUUCAUUUGCUACCAAGUGAACCAGGACAGUUACAAAGAAAACGAAGAUUGUCUUUUCUUAAACGUUUUUACCUCGGUGGACUUAAACAGUUCUUUUACAGCUGAUAGGACUGUUAUGGUAUGGAUUCAUGGUGGAGGAUUUAUAUCUGGAGCAGCCUACAUGAUCGAAGGAGGAGUAGGACCGAAAUUUUUCAUGGAUAAAGGAAUUGUGCUGGUUUCUAUCAAUUACAGACUAGGUCCCUUUGGUUUUAUGUCGACUGGUGAUACUGUAAUGCCAGGUAAUUUUGGUUUAAAAGACCAAGUGCUUGCGUUAAAAUGGGUCCAGGAAAAUAUUGCAUAUUUCGGAGGCGAUCCUAAUAAAGUUACUAUAUUUGGACAGAGUGCCGGAUCUGCCUCAGUAUCUUACCAGCUAUUAAGUCCGUUAUCUAAAGGAUUGUAUCGAGGUGCAAUACUCGAAAGUGGAUCAGCGCUCUCGCCUUGGGCUUAUCAAAGAAAUGAAACUAAAAUAACUUACAUGACUGCCCAAAUGAUCGAUAACAGUUUCACAAGCCAAAAUUCGACUGAUGUACUUCAGUUCCUUCAAAGCGUUUCAGCAAUAGAUAUUGAUAACGCAUCUUUUGUUUUAGCAGCUUCAUUUGAUAAAGCUGCCACAGCUCAAAUUUCAAAAGGUUUUGUGUAUGCUCCUGUAAUAGAAGUUGCUCAUGAAGAAGCAUUUUUAACGGAAAAGCAAUGGGGAUUAUUUGAAAGUGGCCAUUAUAACCAAGUUCCCAUUUUUAUAGGAAUGACCAAUGAAGAAUCAAUGCUUCUAAUGGAUUCAAAUAUGACUGAAACCUGGAAUGCUUAUGAUGAUAAUCCAAGCAUUAUGGUGCCAUAUGAUCUACAUAUUACUGAUUUGGAUAUUAAGAAGUCAAUAGGUUUGGAAAUUUGGAACCAAUUCACUGAUGGUGAGGGUUUUAAUAAUGACUUCGCAAAAGGAAUCAGGUAUCACAGUGUCCACGACUUUGAUAAGGCAUCAAUUAAGCAAGCUGAGUUAAUGUCGAAUCAUAGCGAUGUGUAUUUUUAUCAGUUUUCAUAUAGUGGAUCAAUGGGGUAUUUUAGUUAUAGGUUAGCAGGCUGUGGCAACGUUUCCCAUGCAGAAGAGGUGAAUUAUUUCUUUAGCAAGUGGUACAGUAACGAUAUUCCCGAUAAUACUGACAUGUCUUACUUCCCUGAAGCAGAUCAGAAGGUUCAUUUUAGAAUUAUGGCUUUGUGGACCAAUUUUGCUAAAUAUUUAAAUCCAACACCCCCUUUAAUUGAUGUAGAAUUAUUUCAAAAUGUUACUUGGGAACUCGUAAAACCUAAUGAGUUUAAAUACCUGGAUAUCGGGAAGGAUUUGAUUAUGGUGGCAGGUUACCCGAAGGAAGAAAAAUACUUAUUUUGGGAUACUUUGUAUAAGAAAUAUGCUGUUCCACCUUUAGAUACAUUUUAACGUUGUGUUUAAUAAAGACAUGUUUUCAUGAAAA